AUGAUGAAGAAGAGGAGGAGGAGCAGCUCACGCAGAACUGCUGCAACUACUCCAUCGGAGCCAAGGGUGUCAACGAGGACAAAAGCCACUCCAGCAACUGCCACUAGAACUUCGUCAAGGAAACGUGCUCAUGAUGAUGAGGAAAAGGCCGACGAUGAAGAGGUGAAUUUUAGUGAAACGCUUUCAAAUGUUCAAAUUCAAGUGCCCUUUGUUAAGAAGCCUGUUACACCUGCGAAGGCCAAGAAAUCGAAAGUGGAUGCAAAGAAAGAAAAGAAAGUGGAAAAGGUGGAGGAGUCGAAAACUCCUCGGCAACGAAGUCGUCGCUUGAAUGUCGAAGAACCAAAGAAAACUCCCACGGCAACUCCACCAACUCCGUCGAAAGGUAGAAAGACAAGGAAAGAUGCUGCUGAAACGGAGGAUGAAAAUGCUGAUGAAGCCGAGCACAAGAAGUCUGACGGAGAGGAUUCGGGCACAAAGAGGAGUUCACUACGAAGAAGGUCGUCGGCAGUACAAGCAAAGGAAGAGCCAACUCCGAAACCCAGCACAGCACGUCGUGGUCGGUCAAAGAACGAGAGUGUUAGUUCGGCUACUGAUAAAGAGGCGAAGAAGGAAAGCAAAACGGAAGCGGAAACACCUCGAAGACUACGGAAAUCGGCGCCCGCUACUCCCGCUACUCCUCAAACUCCCAAGAAGUCCGCGAAAACCCCGAAAUCUGAAAAGAAACAGGAUAGUGAAGAACACGAUCCGUAUAACAUCGAAACUGAGAUGGAAAAACAUCCUGAGCCACUGAAGAAUAUUCAGAUGGAAGUUCAGUCGUUCGGUGAGGUGAAGUAUGCGAAGGUUGGUUCUGGAAAGUAUGAGCGUACGGAAAAGACCGCUGAACUGCGGGUCGGCAAUCUUGCUGAAAUGACGCCACGCACGAAACAGCGAAGAUCCCUCGCUGAUCUUACCCCUGGACGGAAAAAGGCUGCAUCAGCAGUUUCAGGGAGCAGUACCGCACCACCACCUUCACGUCGUUCUCGAAAGUCCAGUAAAAAAGAUACGGAUACAGACAAUGAAGAGAAUAAGGAUGAGCAUAUGGAGGUGGAUGAUAGCACAACUGAGAAGAGCACACCGAAGCGAAAGGCCAAUACUGCAACUCCAAAGCCUAACACCAGUUCUGCACGGAAAAGGCGAGCUACAACUGAGACACCCGUUGUUCCACCAAAACGUGCACAUGUAGAAGUUCCUCAUCUAGCCCCGGCGGAGUUACUGGCGGUCGACUAUCCCCAAGAUGAGCACGCUCAGUACGAAGCAGGCGCUCGUGUAUACGCGAUGUUUGACGGCUUGUUCUAUCCCGCGAUUGUUGUCAGCCGUGACGGUUUGGGACGGUACAAGGUACAUUUCCUUGAAGACGAUCUGGUAAAAGACGUGCCACCUGCUGGUGUUAUCCCGUUGCGAGCUCUUGAUCGCGAUAAAGAGUGUUUCUACUCGGAAUCGGCCGAGAAGGAUCGGUUAGCAGUAAAGGUUGUGAAGAGUCCGGAUCACACUUGCGCCUCUGCUUGGUUUGAAGCCGAAUUUGAGCUGGAACAGCUCGACGACGAUGGUGAACCAAUGGGAAAGAAACUCAAGGGGACGUGGACGAAACUUGCUUUGUCGAAAGAUGACUGGAGGGAUUAUAUUAACAAGAAAUCUCGCGAAGCAACAGACGUGAUUGCUGAUAACAUUGAGAAUACCGAGGACAGGCAGUUGCGACGAUCCAAGGUAACUACUACCCCUGUCCAAAAACCCGCUCCACGAUCUACCCCGAAAUCGUCGUCGAAGAAGUCUGACACACGCUCUUCGCAGUCGAAAACUCCCGCGAAAGCUGGACGACCAAAGAAAGGAAGUGCCCCAAGACAAGCGGAAGAAGCGGAUGAAGUGGAAGGUUUGUCUGCUGUAUGA